AUGAACCUUGACGCUGUCCGCGUCCUCGUCGUCCCGCUGGGCGGCCUCUCGCGGACCAAGUUCAAGCGCUACCUGGAGCUGCUCCGGGCUCACUCGGAAGUCGAGCUCGACGCGCUGGCCUCAACACCGACGCCGCGGAGUCAGGGCGAGGCACCGAGGCUACUAACGGCGUCGCCGAGGCCCAAGUCGGUGAGUCGGACAAGCAAGAGCAAGCGGCCGUCACUCAAGUCAUUCAAAUCGUCGACCAAGGCGUCGACCAAGGCGUCGGCCAAAUCGUCGGCCAAGUCGUCGACAAAGUCGCACCGCCGCUCCGACUCGCGCGCCUCGGCCGCAGGUGACUCGUCCGACUCGGACUCGGGCGCGCCGGACAUUGUUGUGGCGCCAGAGGUCAGCGAUACUGGACCUAUCUUUGCGUACCGCGCCGUCUCGGUUACGCCGCGCAUCCGUUUCGAGUUUGUGGCCGAUGCCGGGCCCGAGUCGCCUGUUGCCGAGCUCCACAUGCACAAGCGGGUGCUUGGUGUGGUCGGCGUUGGGGCGUGCUCCGAAUUGCUUGGAGACGCCGCGUAUACCCGCCUAACUGCCGAGGCUGCCGCCUACCCGUUUGCGCUGCAGACCCGGGCGUAUGCCUUUGACCCGCCGCUCGACUAUCGCGACGACGACGACCGCUUUGUCGUCAUUCCGUCCAACAGAGUCGACUUUUACGUCGAUCGCCUGCUUGCUGACUUUGGUGAGGCGCUGGUCACCUCGUUUGAGGUCUCACUUGCUCACCUGCGUGACUCGCCAGCGCCAAUUGUCGCACCAGCCCUCGGCCGCGACCCCGAGUCAGCCAGCAAGCUCCGCAAGCUCAAGCCCGGCCGCCUCGCGAAGAUCAUUGGCGACUGUGCCCUGCUCGCCGGCUCGCCGCUCGAUGGCGCCGCUUACCACAAGAGAGCUAUCGACCUCACUGCCGCCGCCUCUGACGAGCUCUGGCUCGCUGGUGCCCAGGAGGGCUACGCUGCCGCUCUGGUCCUCGCCUCGCAGCACGGCCUCGCAUCCGACACUGACGUCGACUGUGACAUUGCUGCCACCUACCGCGAGGCUAUUGACCACUACGCUGCUGCCAAGCUUCGCAGCCUCGAAGUCGAGGCCCGCCUCAAGCUCGGCCUCUUUUACGCCUCCACCGGUGACACUCUUGCAGCGGGCGCCUGCAUGAUGGACGCCCAUGCCCGGUUUCAGGACGCCAAGGCCUCUGCCGAGGUCCACGACCGCAUCCUUCUCUUCAACACCAUGGCUCAAGUGUUUCUUUCCAUCGGCUACGCGCGCAAGGCCGCGUUCUUUCUCCGCCAGGCCGCGCUCGAGCAGGCCGACCAGGGCGCGCCCGGCACCGGCACCGCCCUCCUCGCCCUUGCAGCACCGGUCUUUGGCCUCUCGCUCUCGCAAAUCAACUCGGACGCGCUCCUGCCGGGCUGGUCGCUCGCGACCCAGCAGAGCGACCCGAGCCUACCGGCGGCUGCCCCAAACGCCGUGGUGGUUCCGUUUGCAGCUUCGGCCCGCCUCUCUUGGCCAUACCUGCAGGUUCUUGUCAUCAAGGACCUCAUCGAGCUUGGCGCGCGCCUCCCGGACCAGACUGCCACCCUCAAGUACAUGGCGUAUCUUCUCGCUCGCAUGCAUCCCUUUCUCGAUGAGCGCUCGCAGCGCGAGUUCUGCAAACGCCUGGCAUUGCUCGCCUCGUCGCUCGGCUCUGUGCCUUUGAUCUCCACCCCAGGUCUUCCGUACGUCAACCUCAUUACCCCGCUGCAGCUCUCGUCCGAGUUCCAAGUCCACACCGUCAAGGCCGCCGGCUCGGCCGCGUCACCGUUCAUCUUUUCGUCGUUUGGCGCCUCGUCGUCGUCGUCGUCGCGGCCGGGCGCCCGAUUUGCCCACGGUGACGAGCCACCGGUCUUUGAGCUUGGAUGUCCGGUCCAUUUUGCGCUCCUUGUCUCUAACCCGCUUCUCGUGCCUCUCCACCUCGAGCACAUUACCGUCCUUGUCGACGGCAUCGAGUUUGUCACCGAGGCCGCUUCCACCGUCCUCCCGCCAGAGACCACCGACUACUGCGUGACUCUUACCGGCGUCCCGCUCGCAGAAGGCACCUUUACCAUCACCGGCGUCUCCAUGCACGUCCUUAACAUGGCGUCGUCGUUCGGCGUCGAUGCCCAUGGCGUGGGCAAGGUUCUCGCCGGCGCCACCCAUGCAGUCAAGUCCAAGAAGAAGACCGCUACUGCGUACGUUGUUGCACCUCCCCUCCCGCGGCUCAAGCUGACCUCCAAUGGCGUCUCGGAGACCUCACUUCUGGUCCACGAGGGCGAGCUCUCGAUUGUCUCGCUCACGCUCGAAAACGUGUCGUCUGUUGCCGUCACUAAGCUCGACAUCUCAGUUCCGCGCAACCCAUCGUCGAUGGCGUCGAUGCGUGCCAAGGCCUCUGAAGUCAUCCUCUGGAACGACGACGACAUUGCCUCUUUUCUUCCCCUCGAGCCUGGCGCUGUGGCCACGCUUGAUCUGCGGGUGUUUGGUGUUCUGGGCGACAUCCACUCGGGCGUCCAUCUGACCUACGCUGCGCCGCACAAGCCUGACCUUGCCUCGUACUACCGCACUCUUGUCUUUGACAUCCAUGUGCUGGCCGAGCGCGGCCUGCAGGCGCUUUCGUUUGACAUUUUACCUGUACAUCUCGCACUCGAUGCCCCGUUGGUCUCGGACGAGCAGGUCGCGCCGGGCGCCGCCGCCGAGGUGGACGACCUCGCCCGCCACGCUCACGAUGACGGCGUGCUCGAGCUCUCAGCCUUGUUCCCGGCCAGUACCGAGUCCCACGACGACCAUCCGUCGCAUGAUGUUCUCCUUGUCUUUGCCGUCGCUAACCGCACCUCGGGCACCUUCCAUCUCUCAGUCGGCGUCGCGCACGACCACGUUUCGCAGCUGCGAACCGCCACCGACCCGCGCGAUGUCUUUGCACCGGUUCACUGCAUUGCGCUCAACCAGCUGCUCGAGGAGCAAGCUGCAGCACGCGACGGAGUGCCGGACCGCUUUGUUACCCGCGUUGUGUCCAUCGAGCCAACCACCGUGGAGCGCAUCGCUGUGCCAAUACCUCGGUUUGCGCUCGCACAGGCGCUACUGGACACACCAAUCCGGCGCCUGUUUCCGGCAUGGUCCAAGACCCAGUCGGCGCUCAAGACCAAGCCAUCCAAAGCAGACGAUGUCCGCAUGCAGCACCUCAUGUACUACAAGCUCGCGCUGCUCAAGCUUGUCCGCCUUCGCUGGUUCUCAUCCUUCAACACUUCGGGCAUUCUCCCGCUCGACGCUCUUGUCCUCACCCCAUCGAUGGUAGCUACGCUGACGCCGGACCCGGUCUCGCUCUCGCUCUCGUUUGACGCCUUUGGCCACGACGCGUCGGCACCCAACUCCUCAGGCUCGUUUGUUCUCGUCGCCCCGCACGCACUCGGCUCGAUCACACUCAGGUUCCGCAACGCAGGCGCGGACCCGGUCUCGCUCUCUGUCCGCAUCGUACUCGCCCAACAAGUGGCGUCCCGCCUCGCCUCAACCGCAGACGCUGCGACCGGAGUGCCCAACGUGGUCAUCGACGGCAUGCUCGCCUUUGACACUGGCCCCAUGAUGCCCGGCACAUCGUUUACUCACUCGCUGGCUGCUGCCUUUACUGCUGACGGUGAGGCAUACGAUCUCAUCGUCUACGCCCAGCACACAAAGCCUACCCCGAGCUCGUCGGCGGGCUCCGCCAUCAACGAGGCCGUCACUAUUGUCGUCUCGUCGGCCUGCGACGAGCGCGAGCUUCUGCCGCUGCGGCGGCCGCGGACCGGCUCCAACGCCUCGUCGGUAGGACCUCGCUCGUAG